UUGGGGGAUGCGGUAAUGAUGGACACAGGGACGCUUGUGUACCUAUUUACUGACGAUAUCACUAUUAUUCCUAAUGAUAAAUGUAUUAAAAAACAUCGAAACACGUGUUCCUGCUUUGGGCUCUUUGUUACUGAAGAGGAGUGAAAACUAGGAGAUCAGCUCCGGAUCCGUUGUUGAGACAGCUGACAGUGCUGUGUAAUAUGUAGGUACAUACGAUAUCGUGCGUCAGGUGUCGCCCUUGUGUGUCUCGCGAACAUUCGCGAGUUUGUGACUUAGUUCAUGUGGACAGAGCUCUGUGCUAGGGAUGCAUUAUCCUUUGGUUGGUACUCGACAACUGUGUUCGGAAGCUUCACAUUGGACGGGGAAUAGCGCAACAGUGAUCACUGGUACGUUUUCCGGUACAGGAACCAUUUUUACUAGUGGAGGUUUUCACUCUAGGGCUGCUUACCAUAGCUGGAUUACUGUAAGCAUUCACGAUGGUACUUCUAAACCAAAAGUCCUUGUGGAUUCAUCCUCUUCGUCCAGGAUUGCAACAGUAGCAUCUCAUUGACACACGCGCGGUCGAACCACGUGCUAGUGUGAUAAACGUCAUGGAUAAGUGUGUUCUAUAACGACACCAUGUUUUUCAUUUAAAAAAGGAGGUAAAUAUAUGUUGCAAAAAUCCGUGUGUUUCAGCGGACGAUUGUAUUUGUUUCAUAAAAAGUGUUUUCCGGAUGGAUGUACUACAUUCAGAACUCUGUGAUAUAUUAUAGAGGGACUUUACCGGACCGUUCUUGCCUUUGGUGGAACCGUGUUACUCGGCUUUGAGUAUACUUAGAAACUAUACUCUAGGUGGCCGCCAGCAUUGCAGCUUCGUCGGCCUCGGCAAACCAGAAACACUGAGACCAAAAGACAGGGUUAAGGAUGGUGCCCAACAUUCCGAGUGUACUAACGUGACCCAGUAUGUCGACCAGGGAUAAUUGUCAUUAAAUGUAUAACUUAUACACUACCGCGGUGAUAGACCUAGCGUUUAUAACGUCGAGAUGGAGGAAGAGGAAAAUGAAGUCAGCAUAUUUCAGCUUUUCACCAGGGAGUCCAUGUUCGCAAUCGAGCAGCGAAUCGCCGAGGAAAAAGCGAAUAGGAAGGCUGAGCGGGAGGCGGCCGAGGAGGGGGAAGAGGAAGAACCACAACGAGAGGAGGACGAACUCAAACCGGAUGACCAACUGGAAAUCGGAAAGAAGCUCCCUACCUACAUGCAAAAUGACUUCCCUCGUGAACUGAUGGGCAAGCCCAUCGAGGACUUUGAUGAAUACUAUGCCAACAAAUUGAGUUUCGCCGUGGUGGCAAGGGAUUGGACGAUCUUCCGAUUCAGCGCCACUAAGGCCCUCUACAUUCUAACCCCAUUCAACCCUCUCCGGAGAAUUUCCAUAUGUAUCCUAACGCAUCCUGUGUUCAGUCUCUGUGUUAUCCUCACCAUCAUCGUUAACUGCGUGUUUAUGGCUAUGUCUGGAAGUUUCCCCACCAUGGAGACAAUAUUUACAGUUAUUUACACCGUUGAAGCGAGCGUCAAGAUCCUGUCCCGUGGGUACAUUCUAAAAGAUUUCACAUAUCUCAGAGACCCUUGGAACUGGUUAGAUUUUUCAGUAAUUAGUUUGGCAUACAUUACAAUGUUCGUCAAAUUAGGAAAUCUCUCAGCACUUAGAACCUUCAGGGUAUUACGAGCCCUAAAAACUGUAGCUGUAAUACCGGGGUUAAAAACCAUUGUGGGUGCCUUACUCGAAGCCGUUCGACGGCUGCGUGACGUCAUGAUUCUGACCGUGUUCAUGCUCUCCAUCUUUGCCUUGAUCGGGAUGCAGAUGUACAUGGGCGCACUGCGCAGCAAGUGUGUUUUAAAUGCGGACAAUGACAACAUGACUGACGAUGAAUACUUUAACUACGUUUGGGACAGAGAGAACUGGUACCCUCCGGAUAAGUUUGUCGAGCCAUUUCUAUGUGGGAACUCGACGGGAGCAGGAGAUUGUCCAGAGAACCACACCUGCAUUCCACAAUUACAUUCCAACCCCAACUACAAUUACACUAGUUUUGAUCACUUUGGGGUGGCUCUUCUCUGUGCCUUCCGUCUGAUGACGCAAGAUUACUGGGAAAACCUGUACAUGCUGGUUUUGCGUGCAAACGGUCCUUGGAACUGUCUUUACUUCAUGAUUGUCAUAUUGUUGGGCUCGUUCUAUCUGGUCAAUCUCAUCCUCGCUAUCGUAGCCAUGUCGUACGAUGAACAACAGAAGCAGGAUAAAGCUGACGAGGAAAAUGAAAAGGCAAUGGAAAAAGCAGGGAUGUCACCGGAAGCACACAUGGGUGGUACAAUAACAGUAGUUGUACCGCAGGGGAUGACAGGAAGUCCAACUGGUUCCAAUAUUACUUUACCACCGUACAACGGAAAAGAGGACAAGGACAGCGGGAGUAUUCAGUCGGAAAAACAAUCAGAAGAGCUCGCACACCAUCCUAUAGUGAAACCGAGCUUCAGUCUACCAGGUUCCCCGUUUAAUAGUCGGGGCAAGAAGAAACCUAAGCAUGGUUCUCAAAACGCUGAUCGCCAGCCCCUUGUGCCGCCUUAUUUGGAAAUAUUCUUACCCUUUGCUGAUGAAUCUAAUGCAGUUACGCCCUCUUCAGAUGAGUUGUAUAAUGUAGACACUUUAAAAAGAUACUUAACAAACGUACACGGGAGGAGCAGCUUGGCAUCUCUUGGCCUCAAAAACGAUGGACGUCCUUCAUCUCGGCGAAAUAGCGUCGCUUCUUUGCUAAGCCGUGCCUCACAUGGCAGCCGGCGUUCCCAACAUUCCAUCAAGACGCCAAGCAAAUUCGAUGCUCUUACUCUUACGAUGAACAAGCACAAAGGCCAACAUCAUCUUCUGCCCGAGGUAUAUGUACACAGAUCUAAGUCUGAUGACGUUCUGUAUACUAGGUGUGAACUUGAUGAACAAUCAUCGGUACUAAAUGGUGAACGCGAUCGUCAAUGUGCCAUAUCCCAACCAGCCAUCCAGGGUUCAAUGUCAGACCGCGAGGGGGAAAAGAAAGGUCAUCCAAACGAUUGCCGGACUCCAAGUGUCCCGGAUGUAGACAUGAAAGAUGUGACCGUCAUCCGAGAACUUUUGGAAACUGCCUCCGGUCAUCGAGGAAGUUUUAUGAGCAGUGAUUUGGGCGAACCCGUUAUUCCUCUGAAGGACAGAUUGUACCUGAAAUUCUGCAGCUGGACUUGUUGCCCUUGUUGGUUGAUGUUUCAGAAAAGCGUGGCCUGGUUCAUCCUCGAUGCCUUCGUUGACUUUUUCAUCACAAUCUGUAUCGUUGUCAACACUGCGUUCAUGGGAAUGGAUCAUUACGGGAUGUCCAAGAAUUUAGAAAAUAUUCUGGCAAAUGGCAAUUAUGUGUUCACUGCUAUCUUUGCAACCGAGGCGUUUCUCAAAGUUAUUGCUUUAGGCCCAAUAGUAUAUCUGAAGGAUAGAUGGAACUGCUUUGACGGUGUCAUUGUAUUCCUUAGCUUCCUUGAACUUGCGUUGGAUGGAGUGUCUGGACUUUCCGUGCUCCGUAGUUUCAGAUUGUUACGUGUGUUUAAGCUGGCAAAGUCCUGGCCUACACUGAACAUGUUGAUAAGUAUAGUGGCCAGAACAGUAGGCACCUUAGGAAACCUUACCUUUGUGCUAGGUAUUGUGGUAUUCAUAUUUGCUGUGAUGGGUCAACAGUUGUUCUCGGAUUCAUACAAAGACGCGUACGGUCCAAAUGGGACCUACCAUGACGAGGAAUUCCCAAGAUGGAAUUUUUCGGAUUUUUUGCACUCAUUCAUGAUUGUAUUCCGAGUACUGUGUGGGGAGUGGAUUGAAUCAAUGUGGGGAUGCCGACGUGUCGCUGGACUUCAAUGUAUACCCUUCUUCCUGCUGACUAUGGUGUUAGGGAAUUUAGUUGUACUGAACCUGUUUCUCGCUUGUUUGCUGAGCGCGUUUGGAGCAGACAGUUUACAGGAUUCUGGUACCGAAGAGGCUGAACCAAAUAAACUUCUGGAAGCAAUCAGCAGGUUCAAACGCUUCGGCUCAUGGGUGAAAGUUAACAUUAUUGUAUGUGUGAAGGUGAAAAUGCAGCGUAAAAGUAAGCCCCCUAUCUUGCCGGUUGUGUCUCCAAGUCUGUCAAGGAUCGAAAUCAACGGAAAGGAACCAUUAUCAGACGGACAACCAGCUGUUACCCGUAACGGUAAACUGGAAAAGAGCCACGAGCUGCCCACUCCCACCGCCAACAAGCCUACAGUGGACAGUGCUACGAUAAGCGUAACGGACAUGGACAAACAAUCGGAGUCCUCUACCAGACCUGCUAGUCGAGCAACCUUGAAAAGUCAUAAAGAUAUGGAUGGUAGUUCUUCAGGUUCUUGUUCUACGCUCUCAGACGAUGCAAAGGAGCGCCUAAACAUGGUCGACGCGGAAGGGGAUCCAGAGAUCAAUGAAGUAGAUGUCGUUUUUGCAAGUUACCCGGAUGAUUGUUGGUGUCAAAUAUGCAGAAAGCAUUGUGGAUGUUGCAUUCGUUUUGAAAAUUCUGAUACAGGAAAAAAGUGGUGGAACAUUCGAUGCAAAGCGUUUGCAAUGGUUGAGCACAACUACUUUGAAACCUUCAUUAUCAUCAUGAUCCUGGCCAGUAGCCUAGCAUUGGCGAUUGAGGACAUAUACCUACCAGAAAGGCCUAUCUUGAAAGCGAUAUUAUACUACAUGGAUAAAGUCUUCACUACAAUCUUCAUCCUGGAAAUGUUUGUUAAGUGGCUAGCCUUUGGAUACAAGAAGUACUUUACAGAUGCAUGGUGUUGGCUUGACUUUGUCAUUGUUCUUAUUUCCCUGGUAAUGUUGGUGGCUGAAUUCAUGGGAACUGGUGAGGUUGGAGCCUUCAAAGCAAUGAGGACCCUAAGAGCUCUUCGUCCCCUCAGAGCUAUAUCUAGAUGGGAGGGAAUGAGGGUGGUCGUCAACGCUCUGAUUAAAGCUAUACCUUCCAUUUUCAAUGUGCUGCUUGUAUGUCUCGUCUUCUGGUUGAUCUUCGGUAUUGUUGGAGUGCAAUUUUUCUCUGGAAAAUUUCAUAAAUGUAUCGAUUCAGAAGGAAUUAAGGUGUUACCAUCAGUUAUUCCGAACAUGACUAUUUGUAAUAGCACCGAAGGAUUUAAGUGGAUUAACGCUAGAGUGAACUUUGACAAUGUCCUUAAUGCUUAUCUAGCUCUGUUCCAAGUGGCAACAUACAAGGGAUGGACUGUAAUCAUGGAUGAUGCAAUUGACAUCACGCAGUUGAACGGACAGCCACUAAGGGAAAACAGCAUCCUAUAUUAUCUGUAUUUCGUCUUCUUCAUUAUUUUUGGGUCCUUCUUCACGCUAAACUUGUUUAUAGGUGUCAUCAUCGACAACUUCAAUCAACAGAAGAAAAAGGCAGGAGGGUCUAUAGAACUCUUCAUGACAGAGGAUCAGAAGAAAUACUACAAAGCAAUGAAGAGGAUGGCUUCCAAAGCACCCCAGAAAUCAAUUCCUAGACCAGAAAUUAAGGCUGCAGCCAUCAUUUUCGACAUCACAUCGAAUCAAAUGUUUGAUAUUGGCAUCAUGCUUGUCAUAAUGCUGAAUAUGGUUACCAUGGCAAUGGAGCACUACAAACAGACGCCUCUCUUCAGUGAUGUGCUAUAUUACAUCAAUCUUUCGUUCAUCAUUAUUUUCACGAUUGAAUGCUUGCUCAAAAUAAUAGGACUGAGACAAUAUUACUUCAAAAUUCCAUGGAACAUAUUCGACUUCGUUGUGGUAGUUUUGUCUGUAUUAGGUAUUGUGCUUGCUGAUGCCAUGGAGGCUUUUUUUGUAUCGCCAACUUUAUUGCGAGUCGUGCGUGUCUUCCGAGUGGGACGUGUUUUACGAUUAGUAAAAUCGGCAAAAGGAAUUCGAACCUUACUUUUCUCGUUAGCAGUAUCGCUACCAGCUCUGUUUAACAUCGGCUUGUUGCUAUUCUUAGUGAUGUUUAUCUAUGCCACAUUUGGAAUGAACUUCUUCAUGCACGUGAAACACACAGGUGGGUUGGACGAUUGCUUCAAUUUCGAAACCUUCGGUAGGAGUAUUAUAAUGCUAUUCCAAAUGUGUACUUCUGCAGGUUGGGAUUCAGCCCUUGCUGGGCUUUCUAAUGAAGAAGACUGUGAGCCAGAGGAGGGUAAUUGCGGGAUAUAUGGAACAGCAGUGUGCUAUCUCGUUACGUACCUGGUCAUCAGCUUUCUAGUUGUAGUAAACAUGUAUAUAGCGGUGAUUCUGGAGAACUUCAGUCAGGCAACAGAGGACGUCCAACAAGGACUGACUCCAGAUGAUUUUGAUAUGUAUUACGAAAAGUGGGAAAAGUUCGAUCCGGAAGCAACACAAUUUAUAGCGUUAGACAAGUUAUCAGAUUUUGUAGAUUAUCUAGAAGAACCUUUAAGAGUUCCAAAACCAAAUCAUUUCCUUCUUGUGAAAUUAGAUAUAGCCAUUUGUGAAGGAGAUAAGUGUUUCUGUAGAGACAUCUUAGAUGCUUUGACAAAGAAUUUCCUUGGAACAUCAGACACUGGAGAUAUUCCAGCGGAAGCGGGUGGUCCGAAGGAGAACGUGGAAUAUAAUCCGAUAAGUUCGACUCUCAUGAGACAGAAAGAACAUUAUGCAGCACGACUCAUCCAGAAGGCGUAUCGGGCUUAUAGACAGAGGCGAGGGGACCUGGGUUUACCGCCUAUGUCAUACGAUGAGGCAAUGGCCGACACAACACCUCAGGAAAAACUCGAAAUUGAAAAGAAAGUGGACGAGAACGACGACCAAGUAGAAAAAAGAGAGGAGGAAACUGAAGUGAUUACUCCCUCAGAACAAAAAACGGUCGAACUAGGGCCGGAUAGCGACGUGGUAGCGUGAUUAAACAGUUUGAAUAUCACUCACGUCCAGUUUGAAAGGACGGAACAGAUUUGCAGCUGGCUUAUGAGCUUGUGAGGCCAUGGUGGUAGAAACAUUGGCUUCGUAUGUCUGUUGUUAAUUUGAAUACUGGUCAUUGAAGGAUCCGCGUGUUGGUAGCGUUAUGCUAAUAUUUUAAUAGGUAUUUGGUCAUAGGUGAGGUACUCAAUACUGAUCAGAAUGUCUUUCCAUUUACCGCUCUUAGGAUGCAAUCUCAUGUUAUUCAAUGUGUGUAUAUAUACGUAUAUCAUUAUGUAUCUCCCAACUCGAACUGUGAGACAAAUUUAAACUGAUUUAAUUGUUGUUACAUUUCUCCUCUGCUUGUGCCUACCUUAUCCUAUUGAGCAGUUACUUAUCGAAUCACAAAAUUAUGAUUUCAAAUGAAACAAUGUCGCAGCACCACUUUUAUAAAACUGUAUACAGCUCGUGCACCAAAAAGGAAAACCAAAUGUACACAACUAUUUGUGCUAAUCCGUCAACUUAAUAGAACGUGUGUCUAGGGGAUAAGAGAAAGAAAAACGUCAACGUGCGUUUGAGAACUUGAUAGAUUAAAGUCGACUGAUCUGUAGUUUUAUCAGAAUAAAGACAGGAAAUUUGUCCGCCGCAUAUUUGACCUACGAUAGCUACCUAAUUUAUCGACUUCAAUAUGCAAGAGAACCCGACUAAGGAAGUACAUCCGAUAUAAUUCGUCCGCUUUCGAUUUAAAACAGGAAAACAAUCGUUUGCUUUAAAAUCAUUUCAACAUGUCGCGAAAAAGCAUGCGUCGAGUUAUCUUUCUCUUUCAGAAUUGUCAUCCUAGUCGUGAUUUAUACCGUAAUCUUAGCAGGCUUUUCGCCGUCAUCACAAUAAAUCUUGUCCAUGUCUAGUACAAUAGAUUAUAGACGUCUACUGCUUACGUAUUGACUCGUGGUUACUGUUAUUAAGUGUGUGUAACAAUUUGUAAAGAUUUUUUUCUGGACGGGAGCAGCUAACUAGGUGUUUAUAUAAGUUUGAUCUUAAGUCAGAAUUUCGUUAAGGAAUUGAUCUCAGAAGCAAACAAUACAGAUUACUUGUUGAUAUUACAGUUACACAUUAAAAAGGUUUGGAUGAUGCUUUUUUAAAGCUUGUGAUUAAGCUUGAUUGCUUUGUUGUUAAAUUUAGAACGAUGUUUAUUGUAAAGCAAACAUCCUGUAAUAAAAUCUGAAAAUGGCGUAAAGGAAGGAUGUUUUGAUUAAAAUUCCACAGUAGAAAAGGACAAUUCAAUCUGAGAUUUGCUACACAGUUGUACAUAUACUGUAUGAUAUAAAAAUAAAAAUUAUGGAUCUCGAAAAUUUGCUUAAAGCAGCUUAAGGAAUGAUAAGCAAACCCGAGUUCAGUUAUUGACGUUGAUAUACGGGUAACAUAAUGUACUGUCUAAACGUCAUAUCCGGGUCGUCAUAUCCGGAAAAAAUUCUCCCCCCCCCCCCCCCCCAUCCCCGUUUUUGUCGGUCAUUGUAUUGUCUACAGCUUUUAAAACGUGAUAUUAAAUAGUUUAUACCAGUUACGUUUUUAAAAUACUUCAUCUCUCUCAUGUUAAUUUAAAUCAUAUAUUGUAUUAAUUAUGAGUAAAUGUAUACCCAUACGCAACUUUUAUACCUACAAAAUGAUGUUUUUAUUCUAAAGCAAAACUCAGAAAUUCCAUAGAAGUUUCGCUUUUAUAUUCUCGUGUUACUGAUUUGUAUAAGAAGGAACGAUCAAUUUCAUUGUAUGGGUAGUAUAAGAACUAAAGCAACAUUACCACUCUAGUAAUCUCGAUCUUUUGUAGAGUUAAAAACUAGAGAUAUAAAUUAAUACUGUAUGGUUAGAGUUGAUCCCCAUACAUAGUGACAAUGGGACCAGCUUGUUUACUCAAAAAUCCUUGCGCUCCGCCGAAUUUAGCUAAACAACGGUAACCGACUGCGCGGGUCUGGAUACACGAACUCAUAUCAACAGCUGCCGUAACCCGUCUGAGAAGGGAAACCUUGAAAUGUCAAAACAAAAGACAAUUAAUAUGCUAUUAAUAUUAUUCCGGUGUGUUUUCCUAUAGACAAUAUCUAUGUUUUAAUGUUUUUUGAACUGAUGACUCAUUGAUAUGCCUAGCGGUUGUGCAAUUGUAUUCAUGGGUCAUCCCGCCCAAUCGGGUAGGACGUAUGUUACAUAUGUGUGUUACUAGAGCCAAUGCAUUAUGCCUCAUAUAUUAUAAUAUUGUAAAACAAUACCAUUCCAUGUGUUAAAUAUUACUACUACUACUAAUAAUAAUAACAGUAAUGUAAUUUGAACUUGUAACACCCCUAGAUAAUUAUGAAAUCAUUAUCAUUUUAAAAUUCAAUCGUGUAACGCUGGGGAGAAAAUCGAUGAAGUCAUAUUAUUUCAUCCAGUUUAGUCUUAAACAAUAUUUAGUCACAAACGCAACUGAACAAAAAAUGUUUGAAUACAAAUUAGUUUUUAAUAUAUUAAUAAUAAACUUGACUUGUUUGCAAAGAAAUUUUGGCCAUGUAUCUCAAGUUUACACUGCGGUAUGAUCACAAGAUUUCUUCUUUGCAUCAUGCCAGUUACGAACAUAGCUUUCUGUGAAAAGAUACACUCCAUGAAAAACAUAUUGGUAUUCCUAAAUAUCCACCAUGAGGGCAAAAUAUUGUGAUUGGGAAUCUCGACGGUUGUCGUGAAUCAACUUGUACUGUAGUCACAAACUGGAAUCGUAUCCGACGUUAUAGUUAGAAAUCAUAAUACUAUGCAAAUACUUAUUCGUUAUAACUGUUUGUGAUCGGUAUAUAAUGUAAUGUAUAAUUUAUCGAGAUGAUACAUGUCCAAUGUUUAACCAGUCUGAAAUCAUGUGUAUGUUCCUCAUACCCAAAGUAUAUUUACAGGUGGCGGGGUGGAUUCAGGCGGUUGUACAUAAAACAAAAAACCGGAAAAAAGUUUCUUGAUAAAAAUCCGAAACAUGCUAUUUCUAGUGUGGUUAAUACCGUAAUAUUGCUCAUUUUUGCAGAUGAAGAAAAAUGUAUUGGACAUUACUUAUUGAAUUAAAUGUCAAUCUGAAGUAUCCCCUUUAAACCAUGAAUGCAUGGCAUUGUUACUAUUACCAUUUUUUUCACUUAAUAUAUAUUAUAUAUAAACGUAUAUAUAUAUAAAUAUAUAGUAUAGUUAUUCAAGUAACAUACCAUAAACCCUGUAGCUGAAGAUGAAACAUUAAACGUGUUCAUAUCUCCGAGCCAUUGCAAUGAACGUAUGCAUCUUCCAUGAUCUAUAGUUAAGUGUGUGUCUUUUAUUAGCCAAAGGUUAAAUUAUUGACACUCGUAUGUAUCUUUUAGGCUACCAGGCAUAUUAGUGGGCUGAUGUGGGUAGUAUUUUUUUCCUUAAAAAUGUCCAUUGCUCGUGUAUCGAUAGGUGAUACUUAGGUUAAUUCAAUGUUAGCACGAGUAAAAUCUCUCUCUGACAUCGGUGCGAUAACUAUUUGGUACAUUUAUGUUAUAGCCAACUUGUACUUCGUGACUACUCAAAAUAUUUCAGAAUAUUUUAAGAAUAACCAAGACCAUUAUUUAACGAAAACUGUGAACACUUUACAUUAAUACUCGAAGCAGUGUAUGCACCAGAGUUCAAACAGCUUUAUUUCUCGGUUUAUAUUGUAUAACACCCAACACAAAUCUCGAUCAUUUCUUAUAAUCUAAUUUGAAAAGAUGUACAACACCUGUUAAGUGCAUAGUUAAUGAAUAGUUAUGCUUUCAAUUAUCAAAAACCCUCAUUGAAAGAGGACGUGCAAAACAUACAUCCGGUAUAUGAAGUCAUCACUUUAAGUGUUGUUGAUUAUUUAGAUUAUACCUGUACAAUAAAAACGGAAAAAGUCCAUCAUUUGGGGAAAAGCCAAAAUUUUAAAAUUGCUAAAUAAACAAAAAUCUGGCAGUAGACUUAAAAUUCUACUCAGAAAUCUCAAUUUAUUCUGGUAUUGAAAUAUUCCCUGGAACAGCUGUUAACAUCUAAUGAUUUAACUUUACGCUAUGAUUCCCCCUAAUCUUUCGGAAAUAUUCUUUUAUUGCCGUAAUCAGAGGAAUGAGGUCAACGUAGACUAGUUAUAAUGUUAAAUGCCGACAAUUUUUCAAAAGCUCUAGCGAAAUAAAAACAAGAAUAGAAAAUAACCUGUCUCUUCUGUCCAUGUCUUGUAAUCUUCCCUUCGUCCACAAAUCACCCAUUAUUUACAUAGCCAGUGCGAACGGUUACUUGUGACUUGUCAGACAUAUAGAGUUAAUAUGACACUUCGUGGAGGAAUAGUUGCUUGAUGGUGAAGGUAUUGAUCGAGGCAGUUGACCCAGUGUAGUUAGUCCACUACGCUGUUUCCUUUUCUAUGUCAUUGUUCCACUGUUUACUUCAUAGUUCUCGACUAUAUCCGUCAUUGUCCGGCUAUAUCCGUCAUAAUUCGGCAACUUUCGUCAUUGCUAGCUAUCACAGUACUGAACGUGUAAGUACGUUGAAUCUUUGUAGUUAGUGCGCAUAAUAAGAUAGCCAGAUCCACCCUGGCCGACUGUGUAUUUCAAACUACUGUUUUACCUCUUUCUUUAUACAUGUAAAUGCUAUUUUAUCGAUGAUGUCAUAAUUACCACAUGUCCAUUUAGCUAGGAAGUACCGGGCGGUAUUUUCUAUACGUUAAUGUGUGGCAGAUAUUUUACAGUAUAUGCUAAUGAAACCAUUAAAUUGUUUUGCCAAAAAGAAAAUCCAUCAUAACAAAAAGAUGAUUUCAAAAGACUAUAAAGGAAGAAGAGAAUUAUCAUCAGUUGUACUGAGACGUGCUCGAUUGAGAAUCUCAAGGUUGUUACAACUUUAAAAAUGUUAAAUAUGAAAAGAGUGUGGAAUCUAAAAUAAAACUCAAAUAAUGAGCGAAUAAAGGAAAAAAAUGUUUCAAAAAUAAUUGAAAACGAUGAUAAUUCCAUGUAUCAUCAUUUGGGUUAUCUCCCUUUCUUUGCCUCACGGUUUUCUGGCUUCUUUCUCACUGUGUUGAGUUCGCAUGUUUCCCCCCACUUCAAACUGAGCAUCUUGUUAAGGAUAACAUGUGAUUGUGUAUGCAGGGCAUUUUACUUUCAUAUGUUAUUUUGAUAAAACGGUUUUUUAUACUGACAAUAUGUCGCUUUAACGUCAUUAAAUAUGUAAUGUAAUCCUUGAGAAGAACAAUACGUACGUGUAAAAUUUUGGUAUAUGUAUCUGUGUGUAUAAUUACUUGCCUACAGCUCAUAUUUCUCGAGAUAUAUACUCUGUACACAUGUUUCCGCUAAUAUAUUGAAUGGCGGUGGUUACUGUCAACCAAGCUCUCGCACUGUCGUGUUUUUGUUAUAUUUUACGAGAGCUACGCCAACAAAAGUAUUCAAGGUGACUGUCCGCCAUUCUUGCCCAUCAGAGUUAUCUAUCUUUACCCACGUUUUGAGGAAUCCGACGGAAGUGACGUAAUAGACAACUCUGGGGAGUCGGAAUGUGGACAUGAAACCGAUUGUUUUCAUGUUUUCUUUAGUUUAUAUAACUAACUUGUAAACAUUUCCCAGUGUUUGUUUAUGAAAGGAGUGUGAGAGUGAAUAUUCGUUUUUGGAAGAUAUCUAAGAUCAACGAUUCGCCUCCAUGUGUGUACUUUUCUCUUCAAUAGCUCAAUUUUAUCUACAUGAUAAUACGGAAGCUUUGGUUUUGACGAGAAGGUGUGAUACCCGACAACGUGUAUGUGAACGCUUGGCUCGAAACACUGGUACAGCAUCGGCUCGCCGUCACUGUACACCCAUAUUUAUGCACAAGAAUGCAUGUUAUGACGGAACACACAAACUGUAUUGCCAUCUUUGCUUCAAUCAUUAACACCUUGAUUCUUUAUGUAAAUAAAAAAUAUACACAA